AUGACGAAACUAAAAUCCCAACCCGAACCACGGCGACCGAAGCCACUCAUCGUCCCAUCACGGAAGGAACACACGCACACAAUCAUUCUCCUCCAUGACAAGGGCGACAAGGGCCGCGAGUUCGGUCGGGGGUUCCUCAAGGCAAUGAAAUUGCAGGAUCACGUGCCGACGGUGCGAUUUGUUUUCCCGUGCGCGUUUAAUGCACCCCUCCCACCCUCAACCUCGGGCGGCAAGACAGAAGCGGGACCGCCGAAGAGGAGAGUCAGUCCAACGCAGUGGUUCGACGAUCCUUUCCAUGUCCGCGAAGCUGCGAACGCAACGGCGUCGCUCCCCGAGACGGCAGAGUUCCUACAGCGACUGGUUCACGAGGAGGCGAAAGUCCUCACCCAGACUGGGAGGUGUGGGAUGCACCAAGCGCACAAGCAAAUCUUCAUUGGUGGAAAAGGUCAAGGAGGUGCGGCGGCGUUACUGUACCUCGCCGGAAGCCACCGACGCCUUGGUGGAUUUAUCGGCCUCGACGCGGCACUGCCAUGGCAAUACCAUAUGGAAAUUGCAGCUCAGCUAGGAGCGGCGGAAGGCAGUGGUGGUGAUGACAGUGUCUCAAGGGGUGUGCAAUGCGUGCGGAGCUUGCUGGGCUUUAAGCGGCUUGGGGAAGAGGAGGGAAGAUUGGCAGACAGAUUGUGCCAGCUAGAAACGCCCGUGUGCUUCGUGUAUGAGGGGUCGCGAGAGAAAGGGAGGAACCUCGUGUCUUUGUUUGCUGAUGGGUUUGGGAUGGACAUUACCAAGUGGUGGUGUGAGAAUGGGGCGAAAGAGUGCCAUGCCUUGUCGGAUAGUAUGGAGGCUGUGCUUGGAUUUUUGGAGAAGGUCGGUGUACCAAGAAUGUAUCCUGUAGGCGAGCGUGAAGGAUUGGCGAAGUAUUCUUGCGUUGGAAAGAAAGACGUCCAGGAGAUGGCUUGA